GUGAGCUCAAUUCACAGAGAGGAGCUAUGGCUGUUGGUAUUAAAACUAUGGCAAUCGUAGUUGCAGCACUUGGUAUCAAAUCCUUCGUCCAUGGAAUUCUUGCUGAAAACAAAAAGCCUGCUUCAGGGGAGCCAAAUGUUUUCCACGGAUUUGUUAUCUGCGAGUACUCUUCAGACCCAGCAGUCUAUUUCGGGUUCAUAUCAUUUGCAUUUCUCGUUGCAUCCACGACAACCGGAUUGUACUCUGUGUUCUAUCCUUACAAGGGCAAAUCUGUUCCUCUGAAUGCUCUGGUUCAAAACGCUACCUGGGUCGUGUUCUUUCUCGUUGCUCUGUGUGUUUCUUGUUUUGCUGGGGCUAUGUUGUUGUGGGCAACAAUCACUGAACUCCUUCACUUGACUCACAAAGUGCACCACAACAUGAACACAGACUGUCCAACUGCCAAAACUGGUCUAUUUGGUGGUGCUGCCUUCAUGGCCCUGAAUGCUUCACUCUUCUGGCUGAUUAGUCUCAUGCUCACGGACAACACCAGAGACGAUUACUUCGAUGACGAUCUGCCAGAGAUUAGUAAAGGCAUUGACGGUAAGGUUUACACUGUAGAUUCUAAUGAGAAGCAACAGAUCAAAGUGCAAGAAUGUCCAUAGAGGAUGACAAGAACAAAAGGAGGAACAAACAAUGUAGACAAUAAUGUACUGCCAAACUUUUUUGUGUAAUACAAUGUAUGCUACUUGGCCUGU